UUAUGUAAAUACAGCAUGGAGGCUACAUAUGAAAUGGAGAGAGAGGAAGACGCCUUCCUGCAGUUUCUGCGGGACCGUGGAAUUCAAGAAGAAAUCAUAAAAAAACUACAAAAUGACAAGAUUGAUUCUUCAGUACUUCCACUGAUGUCUGAACAGGAUCUGUCAAAGUACAUCCCACUUUAUGGAGACAGAUUGGCAGCUGUUGCCUUCUGUCGCAACACUCAUCGUUCAGAUCCGGACACAUCCAGGAGAAGUCAGCUGCUUGAAAGAAUAAGGGCAAAGGUCUGUGUUCCAGAUAGCAAGGCUGUUAAAAGAGCAGUGUCUUCAGAGAAAUUAAAGGGGAAUAAAAAUGCAAAAAGACAGGCAAGGAGGCUAGAAAUUGGAUGGAUGAACUUCAGCGAAAAAGAAAAUAAGUUCAAACAGGUACGAACUGUGAAGGGAGGUGGAACCAGGCAUGUCAGUGUUGACAGAUACACUACAGUUAGAGAGGUCCAAGAAAUGGCAGAAUCACUUUUUUUCCCAAAUGGGGCCUUCAAGUCGCUGAAGCUAGAGGAUCAUGUUUGUUACAUUUGUGACUUUUCACAAAACAAGGUUGACCAAGACUGCACAGUGGAGGACCUGUAUGAAAGUAAAAAUACUGAGAUUGUACCUCUACACCAAAUACACCAAGGAACAUGCUCAGGAUGAGGACAACUUGACUGAUACUCCCCCAGCAACAACCUCAGAGGUCACAGGAAAUGUUGCUCAGGAUUUUAGCCAAGUUCAGGCAUCGGAACCAGAGGCCAUAACUAUUGACUUAUCUUUACUACAGGAAUCUGAUGUCAUACUAUUGGAUGAAGAAGUAUUAAAUAUGCAGAUGCCUCAUGACCAUAUCAGAGAUGAAGUAGAGGAACAAGGAAGAGGAUUGCAUGCUGAAGAAGUAAGACCAGUCCAAGGAACCGCAGAAAUGACAACAGAGUCUAACAGUAUGGGACAAGAAGAACAAGGUGCAUAUGUAACAGAUGUUAUUCCUGAGACCCAAGCUGGAGAGAUGCUGCUUAACAAUUCCAAUGAUAGUGAAGUGACAAUUGGAGCAUCACCCGGUGAUCCUUCUCAACUGGAUGACACUUUGCCUUGGGAGGGAUCAAAACCAAAGGUCAUCAUUGUCGUGCAAAGGGGUAACUGCCUUGCUGACCUCUUGGCAGCCUUUAUUGACCCAGAUAUCAUGAACAAAGAUGUGCACAUCAAAAGAAAACUUCCCAAUGGUAAACUGGAAGAGGGGGAAGGCUCCGGUGUCUUACGUGAUUGCCUCUCAGAAUUCUGGGGAGAAUUCUACAGCAAAUGCACAUUAGGUACCGAAGUGAAGACACCUUACCUUAGGCAUGAAUAUCAAGUCCAGGAAUGACAGACAGUUGCAAGGAUUCUUGUUCUGGGUUGGACAACUGUCAGGUGUUUUCCACUGCUUCUCCCUCUUCCAUUUUUGGAAGAAGCUCUCUAUGGUACAAGUUACAGCAGUGUGACAGGUAGCUUCCUGCAGUAUGUCUCAAAAGAAGAAAGGAAAAUUCUUGAGCUUGCACUGGAAUCAUUUGAGUCUGUUGACAAAGAUGACCUGA